CAGUUUUGCAUUUACUGAAAGUUUUUAUCAUGGAGAAACUGCACAAGGAACCGGAUGUUAGUAGGCAAGAUUAUUAUGCGUUUGUUAACGAGUUGAAACUCUUCCAUCAAAACAGAGGAACACCUUUUCGUCAUCUUCCUAAGAUCAAUGGCCGGGAAAUUGACUUACAGAAACUCUACAACCAAGUUACGGCCCUAGGAGGCCUGCAAAAGGUAAUAGAACAUCAGAAAUGGGAUUCUGUAGCAGAAGUUUUAAAGUUACCGAAAGCUUGUGCAAAUUUUGCACUAAGUUUGAGACAGAUUUAUAUAAGAUUUUUAGGUCAUUAUGAGAAAAUACAUUUCAUGGGGGAAGAGCCUGACCAUGAUAAAAAUCAAUCCUCAGAAUCUCACAGCAGAAAAUUGCAGCUUACACUCUUUCAUCAAGUUCCCAUGGUUUAUAAUGCCUUGCAACAUGAAGUAACCGAUGCAUCACGAUCUACAUCAGGACUGAAUCAAGUAUUUACCAACCCAACUGAUUAUGAUAAGUUGUGCAUGUCUUUGUUAUGUGGUCUUCCAAAUGAACAAGAACUGGCUCUUAACGUUUGUACAAUAUUAUCCAAUGAAGGAAAUUACAUGCUACAUUUAGAGCAAGCUCCCAAACUUGUUGAUCUUCUUAUAGCACAAGCUGGUGUUUGGAGACUAGAUGAUGACUCUUUCAAAAUGUUGUAUUUAGAAAGCUGGAAGGAUCUUAAGGGUAGAAAUAUGCAUCGGUUUUGGCGAAGCACACUUGAUGUACAAAAUUUACAAUUAGUGCAAUUACUUGGUUUAGAUUUAGGUGAAAAGGAUCCAGAUGAAACAAUCUUGAAUGUAGAAAGUGAUUUAGGUGCUCUGAAUGUCGAAGGUCAAAGAGUAUUAAGGGUUGCCCUAAUUUUACAUAAUUUAUCAUUCGAAAAGAACAAUGUUCCUGUUUUAGUUGGUAACUCAAACUUCAUAAGAUUUCUUUUAUUGUGUAUACAUUCAUCCUGGGCGAAUCUUAGGCAGACUGCUUAUGAUACCUUAUCUAACUUAGCAUCUGAAAUAAAAUUAUCCAUUGAAAAAGAUCUCUGUUCUCGAAUUAUGUUUCAAGCUGUGAUGGAUGGUAUUAUCUCAUCUGACAGAUAUAUGAAUAUUAGGUCCAUGGAUAUUUUAGCGCAGUUGUGUAGUUUUGAACCAAAUGAAGAUAUUAUACCAUCUCGGCUAGAUGUAGAGGUUUACCAGCAAAUGGUGUCCUUUCUUACCAUUCAUGAUGUGAUGUUGCUAUUCUACACCCUUGAAGCAUUAUAUGCUUUGUCAGAUCUUGGAAGAUAUGCUUGUGACAAAAUUGUAAUUGUCCAUCGAUGCAUAGGUGCUUUAGUCAGUUUGUUAACAUUAGAACCUAAUCAAUAUGGUCCAUCUGGACAAAUCAAAAUGAAAAUAGUUGAAACUUUGGUGCCUGCAGAAUCAGAUGGAGAACAAGAAGAAAAACCAGCAGCUACAGAACAAGCAACAUCCAGUGCUUCAUCAAAUGGUGAUACAGAUUCUGAAACAUUUGCGUGUAAUUGGUUAAAAUCUGCAUAUGAAGUUUCUGCUGGGAGUACUAUAUCCCGAAAUGAUAUCUACGCAGAUUAUGUCAGUUAUUGUGCAAAGUCGGGUAGGAAAGGAGUAGUGAAUGCAAAUAUAUUUGCAAGCUGCGUUAAGAACACUUUUCCUCAAUGUGGUUUAAAGAAAAUAGAGUCUGGAAGUGGAGUAAUAACUUUUCAUCAUGAUGGUUUAAAGAGGAAAAAGGUUCUAACGACACAGACUGGACCACCUAAUUUGAAAUCUGUUAAUAAUUCAAGUCCUUUGAAAAAAGUUCCUCCUACUUCUCCAGCCUCAUGUAAACCUGGUCAAAAAUCUUCUCACAGCCCUAUACUAAAUGCUCAGCUCUCAGCUCCUCCCAGAAGUGGUGUUUCCUCUCCUCCACUGAAAAGGCCUCAAGUGAAUGUAGCAAAUGGUCAAAAGUAUCCUACAUCUACAACAUCCACUCCUACUACUUCUGGCUCCAGCACAUUAAUCAAAAGUCUUCUGGCAAACAAAGUACAGCAAAGGAAUCUUCAGCGGCAGGUUGUUCCUCAAAAUGUUUCAAAAAUGGUUAUAUAUUCACCUGAAAAAGUGACACCUCUUAGUCAGGGAAUAAUUAGUUCGCCUACAGCUGUUGUGCGAUGUGUAAGGCCUGGUGGUUUGUCUCAAGUAAAUUUUGGCACGCAAAUAAGGACACCUAUUCAGGCACGUUUAGUUCCAAACAAAGGCAGAUUAAUUACUGCAGCUUCUCCUAGAGUCAUAAAAUCUAAUCCUAUUGUGUCUCCAAAGAUGCAAGCUAAAGUGGUGAAGCAAGCUGUGAUCAGUACUGCUACUUCUGCUCGCUUAAAUGGUGUUCAGAGGGAUGUUCAAAUGGAGGUUUGCAACCAAGAUGAAGAUUCCAGGAGCAUAGGAGAAUCAACAUACACUGAAAUUACCCAAAUGAACUGCUUACAGAAUCAUAUUUCUAAUGAUUCUCUGAUUGAUGCUAAAGACUCCUCUUCUUGUGAUGGUGAUAGUUUAUUAUCUUCAAAAGAUAUAGAUAUAAAUAGUGAUAGUGAUAAAAAUAUAUUAAUUUCUCAAAUUCCUGAAAAUACAAUAACUUACAGGCUUGCAACUCCUAAUGAACUGCCUACAUCUCCUAAUAAUCUCUUACUUGUAAGAUCAAAGUCAUCAAGUGAUGGGCUUUCGCCUCCAAAAGAACAAAAUGGUUCAGCCAUGACCUUUGUAAAUAGUACAAUACAAGUCACAGGUCUCUCACUUGUUACACAGUCUUUGAUUCAGCCAAAGAUUCUUUCUUCAUCUUCUAGUAUUUUAAAAUCUGUUUUGGGGGACCUUGACUCACAAACUGAUGAGUUAACAAAGCAACAGCAAAUACAAAAGGACAAAAUUUGCAAAAGAGCUCCUUUGUUAAAUGGUCUACUUGAUAAAGGCAAAGUUCCUUUGCCUGGGGAGGUGCAGUCAUCAACAUUACUUCAAAAUGGAAAUAAGCUUGGCAGUUCUGGAAUUGAAUUGUGUAGUGAUGAAAACAAAUCUUCCACAUCUUUUGUGCAAUCAUCAACAUUAAACUCUGCUGUUAUACCAGUAUCAUCAUUAAAUUCUGUUGUUUCAGCAACUUCAUUAAAUUCAUUUGUUAUACCUGCAUCAUCAUUAAACUCUGUUAUCAUACCUGCAUCUUCAUUAUCUUCAGCCAUUGUACCAACUUUAAACUCUGCUGUAACAUAUGUAUCUACUUUAAACUCAUCUGUGUCACCUGUCUCUGUGUUAAAUUCUGCAAUUUUACCUACAACAACAUUUCAUUCAAAUGGGGACAAUCUUAUGCAAAUAUGUACAGGUCAAACAACUCUUUCAGGCACAAUUGAAGUGCAACCUGAUCAAAAAGGUGUGGUCAGACUUCACAUUGAAAGCCCAGAAAAUUCUAAUCAGGGAUCAGAUUUAUCUUCAAUAUCAGACAUUGCUCGAACAUUAGAAUGUGCAUCAAAAGCAAUAUCAAGAACAAAUGCUGAAUGUAACACACAAGUGCCUUAUUGUGGCACUUGUGAGACAACAGCAACUGUUACUGUUAUUACAACAAACACUUCAACUUUAGCAAGGACAGGUCAACAAAUAAUUGUUGUUACUCCUGCAUUAAAUCAACCGCAGUUACAUAUACAGUCACCUAAUAUUAAGUUUCGCAUUUUGCACAGUUUACCUAAAGUUGAAGAGUCUGUUGAUCUAAUAGGUUUUCCAAGGGUUAACGUUAAUCAACUAAACCAGGCACGGCAACCUGCUCCUGAAACUCCCUCCAAUUCUACUGCCAAUUUGAAAAGGCCGUCCAGUGAUAUUACAACAUGUGUUAACGCAGAUGUUAAAAAACCUCGUAUUGAUACAAAAACUCCGCUAUUAGAAGCCACUCUUAGACUGCCCACCCCAGUGCCAUGUACUGUUGCAACAUCUAGUGUCAAUGCCAAACCAUUCCAUGAAACUCAAUCAUUUUUAAUGAAAUCAUCUCAAAUAGAAAACCUUGGGUCGACACCAAAAUUAACUACUGCAAAGGCUGUUGCUGUGCCUGUCCAAAAUAUUGACUUUCCUAAUGAGAGGGAAGCAAAAACUUUUUCCGGAUUAUCUUCAGCAAGUGAUAAUCCAUCACUUAGUGCACCUCCUCAAGUACCUCCAAGAUCUUUGUCUUCAACUAAGUUAGAGUACAUUUGUGAAUGGAAGGAGUGUGGAUUGAAGUUUGCUAAUCCUGGUUCUGUGUUUCUUCAUGCAAGUAAAAUUCAUGCCCCUUUGUGCAAUGAUGACAUGAUCUGUUUAUGGGAAGGUUGUGACUCAAUGAAAAGGAGGCGAUUUUCAUUACUUACUCAUUUACAGGACUGGCAUUGCAAUGAAAGGGUUCUGCAUACGCAAGCUUUGCGGAGGAAACAAAUAUCUCAGCAAGGCAAAACGUCCAUAGCACCUCCACAAAUGCCUCCACCACAUCCUGGAUAUGCCCCUGAUGCUGCUCUUUUGGCAAUUAGGCGGCAUGCUCUUCAGUAUAUCAAUCCUAAAGAACUUUCUGAAGAGAAAGAAAGUGCUUUGACUAAAAGCAUUCGUUUAACAAGUGCCCUCAUUUUAAGGAAUUUAGUGACUCACAGUUCCCUGGCAAGGACGUAUGUGAGGAGAUUUGAACCAGAAUUAGCAUACCUUGCCAUGUCUCCUGUUGAAUCAGCAAGAACAAUAGCACAGUGCCUAUCCCAACUAUCUAGGCCUCAUGAUUGAAAAUCAAUUCCAUAAUGUUAUUCCUCCUUGUGCCAUGCAGUCUUUCUUCUAACUGGUGGAUGAAAGCACUUAGUUCGAUGAUACUCAGUGUAGAUACUCCCUUUGUGAAGAGCAACAUCUUGGCAUAUCAUGUGCAAAAUGCAAUGGUGAUCAAUGCUACUACAAAGGUUAAAUUUGAAAAUGAAUUUGUCACAGAGUAUUUAAUGUUCUAUCAUUGUAUUUAAAGAUCAUCAAGUUGUACACAAGACCUUUCCUAUAUUUUGAGUUUAAAAUGCCUGUGGGCUUUAAAGUGUGAAUUUUAUAUAGACUUAUAGAAAGAUUCUUAUAUUGUUGAAAAUGAGAGGUGUACUGAAUCAAAUUUGUCUGCUUAAUGAGUGCGAUGAUUUUAAACAUUAAAAAUGUAUCAGGACCAAAACUCCAGGCAAAUCGCAACAUAGUUGUUGAUUGUAACUGAAGUGUUUUACUGAAGUAUAUUUCAUUAUGGUCUUACUAGUAAGAUCAAUGUAUUUAAAUGAUUUUAGGUGCUGCUACUGUACCAUGUACAUUACAAAUGAAUAAUACUCGCCAUUUUCACCCUAGAAGGAAAUUUCACCCUGUGAAUAUCAUAAAAAAAGCGAAGCCAUUCUUUCAAUAAAGCAUUUUGAUUGAAAUACAUGCAUUGGCAUUCCACAUUAUUCAUGUUUCAUUAUUUAAGUUUUAUUUUUUUAGUGUUCAUUUAAAAUCUAUUUAUUAGUAUUUGUAAAAUAAUCAUUGCAAAAAUUUCUUUUAACUCGACAUUUUAUGUUUAUUUCAUUUGAAAAUACACAUUUUGCAGCGCAUCUUGAAAAUCCAAAACCAAGCUUUAUCAGUGGGCUUUCACGGCAGAUCAUUGUCUAUUUAAAACAACUUGUUCAUAAGAACUUUGCAUUUUAUGAUUGUCAUUUUUUAUGAAGCUGGAAGAAUUGCAGCUUGUCUGUUUUAAUGUGUAAUGUUCGAAAUAAACA